CCUCGUCGCCCCUCAUUUGGCUCUGCUACUUCCAUGUGUUGAUGAUGGGUACGGUUUCCUAAAUGUUCUUCAAUGCCUCCAAAUCUAUAAACUGCAUUCACCUACUUCAUUUAAAUCCCUUGAAAAUCUUUGAACACAACUACUUCAAUUUCAAAUUUUAUCUUAUAUCUCUAAAACCCUAGUUCUCGAUUAAGAUCACACCAUGUGGCAAGUCUUGUUAGGUGCAGCAAUAGCAGGAUCUGGGUAUUUCGCUAAACAACUUCUCCACAAAAACGAAGACAAGCCCACGAAUUAUUCCCCGAUAAACGUUGAUCAACCUGUCGAGAAUGCUGAAUCAGAUUCUUCAAUUUUGGAAGAAGAUACAUCAUCGAUUUUUAGGUUUUCCAGUACUUCACAUGGGUCAAAGAAUCCUCGGAAGAAAUUGGGUCGUGGUGGCGGGAUUAAAUGUGCUAGAGGAAAUCAUGAAAGAAAAUCUGGGUUUGAGAAGAAAAUUGGUGAUGGAUUAGUUGAUGAUCAGAGGAAGAAUGGGAAGAAAUUUACAGUCUGUUUGAAGAAAAGGCGUAUCGGAAGAAAUGCUUCUGCUAAAUGUGAUUCGUUUGAUGUCAAAGAUAAAUCAUCAUUCGGUUGGGGAGUUGGAGUUGGAAUAAUGUACAUGAUGUCAGCUGGAAAAGCCGAAAUCAAUAAACUAAACACAGCAGUAGAUGAAACAGCUAAGGUCGUUCAAGAAUUAAAAAACGAGAUCUUCAAAAGAAAAUCAUCGCGUAAUUCAGAAAUCAAAAGAACCCUAAAUCAGAAAUCGGUAGAUAUCAAAUGGGAUCAAUCUGUUCUCGAGAAAUCAUCCAUGGAGAACAACGAUAUUGAAUCAUACAAUUUUCCGGCGACUGACGAUGCAAGCAGCAUGAUCACGGAAGAACCACAUCAAGAGGUCACGGAAAUGGAUCAAUUAGAAGCGGAACUUGAAUCUGAGCUUUUAAAACUUCAUAUCUCGAAAUCACAAGAUCAUGAUUUGGAAUCUAAUCAAAGCGGUGGUGUAAUCCCAUAUGAACUUGAUCAGAAAUUAUGUCAUCUGCUAAUCGAACAACAGGAAAGUCAAAUUGUUGACUUGGAAUCGGAAUUGCAUUUUACGAAUUCCAAGCUUUUGGAGAAGGAAUCGGAGCUUCAAGCAUUGAAGGAUUGCGUUAAACGUCUCACUGAGUUUUCUCUGACAUGUCCCUCAGAUGAAGAAAGAGAAGGCCAGAUCGAUGAAGCUCAUAACAAGUUGAUUAAUGGGAAUGGAAGAUCAAUGGUUGGGAUCAAAAGAGCAAUAGACUUCGAUUGAAAUUCAUUUCUUCAUAUACUAACCUAGCUAAACAUUGUUUAUAUGAUAAAGUAACAUAACAAUAUUCUAUUUCUAGAUAUUUAAAUCCUAAUCCUUGCUACUUUCAAGUUAUUUUUUCAAAAGAUUUCAC